CAAUUUAGUUUGGCAUAUCCACGUAGAUAACUUUCUAAAUUAGAUAAAUACUUGCUACCUUAUUUUUAUAAAAAUCAAAUAUUUUUGUAGUGUUUGCAUGUUAUUUCUUAUCUGAAGAUUUCAGUGGAUUAAUCUAUCCAAUUUAUAUAAAUCCAUUUAAAUCUGGCCACUGGCUGCCAACGUAACAAAAAAUGGAACAUAACAGUAAAACUGAUCAGAUAUUUUUAUACAAUGCUGAGAUUCUCAAAAAUUUGGAUUGGGUUUCUGUGAAAAAUAAAUUGCAUCCAUUUAUUACAAAUGAAGAUCCUGGUGAAGACUGGCUUCUGGUUCGACCCCUACAAAUUGACGAUUAUGAUAAGGGUUUCUUACAACUACUGGGACAGUUAACAACUGUGGGAGAAAUUUCAAAAGGAGAGUUUGAAGCUCAAUUUUUAAAAAUGCAAAAGGCAGGUUGCUAUUUUGUAACUGUAAUUGAAGACGCAAGAAGCAACAAACUUAUUGCAGCUGCAACUCUAGUAAUAGAAAUGAAAUUCAUACACCACUGCGGGGCACGUGCUCGAUUGGAGGAUGUAGUAGUUAACAAUACGUACAGAGGCAAACAGUUAGGAAAAUUGAUAGUACUUACUGUAACACUACUAUCUAAAAAGUUGAAAUGCUAUAAAAUGUCAUUAGACUGCAAAGAUAACUUGAUACCAUUUUACAAAUCUUUAGGAUACACUUUGGAACCAGGAAAUGCCAAUGCUAUGAUGUUACGGUUUGAAGCAAAAUUGUAAAUAAUCAGCCAGUAGAUAUAUUGUCCAAAAUAUUCUACACCUUUUGUCUGUCUCUUUAUAAAGUUUAAAGAUUUAGUUAUUGUGAUAAUUGAUAAUAAAUUGUUACAUUAAUGGAAAA